CCGUGAAUUGCGCGAAGUCGAAUUUCUUCAAGAAAAGGAAAUUCAAGCGCGUGAGUUACAAGCCCGAGAGGAAUCAGAAGCUAGACGUUUAUCUUCCAGUUUUGUGGAUCAUUUAGAUGGUAACCAACUUUUCGAAUCCUUUUGGCGCGAUGAUGCUGAUGGCCGUAUAUUAAUGUUAGUAGGACAGCAAGCGCAAGAACUUGCUGAAGAAUAUGAAAAAGAUGUAUUUGAACUUACCCAAGAAAUUUAUAAGCUGGGUUUGAAACGUUUUGUUGAACGAGAUGAAGAAAUAAGGGAUUUUAUGGAUAAUUUACUUGAUGGUCAAAAAGAACUUCAAGGCUCAGGUCAAAAAGAGAUUGAAGAUUUUUUACUAUACAAAGAUAAAAUAUUCGAUGAAGCUCGGAUUACACUUCGACUAUUGGAGCAAAACGUAAUGCACGGAGACGAUGAAGAUUCACUGGAAAAUAUGAAGCUAUCUGAUACAAUGGAUAAGUUGAAUGUACACUUUGAAGAUUCAUUGAACGACAUGUGGCUUAUUCUAAUGUCUCAGGAAUUGCAUUUACAUGAAACAAUUGAGGAAUCUACAACAAAUUUUCAUCGUAAGAUCUCAGACAUGAUGUCCAAAUUCUUAGAAGCCUCUCAAUCAUUUUUUGUGCAACUACGCGAAAUUUCCGUUCAUUUUUCUGAAAAUAUGACUGAAAUAGUGACUAGAUUUAUUUCAACAAAACUUGCCAUGCAGGAUUUUGAAGACGUUCCCCCUGAGCUUAGAAUGUGUAUGGAUGAUCGGGAUGCUAUAUUAAAUUUAAUAGCCGGUAUGAAAGAUGCUCAUACCUUUCGUAUUGACGAGCGCGAAGAUCGUAUGGCAACCAGAAGUAAGGAAUUUAUUGAUAAUAUGAUUAAUAACCUUAACAAGUAAG